UUUGCGAAAAGUUGUGUGUCGUCUGAAGUGAGCGAUGUAUGUUUGUUUUUACUGUCAGUACGAUUUGAUGUGUUGACAAGUUAUUUUAAAUAUUCGUAAUUUUUCUGUGUCGUCACAAUAAAACAUGUUGCACGGACUUUACGAGGUCGGAGCAGCAUAUAUUUCGAGCUUACAAAAUGGGUUGAAGCCACUGGAAAACAUAUUACUGAAAAUUUCAUCAGCAUCCGAUCCAGCAACAGUUGUAUCAACUGUUUUCCCCCUUGUUGUUGCAUUUGACCCACAACUAUCGGCUGAAGUUCUAAUUGUGUCAACAACUGCAGAAUGGUUAAAUACCCUGUUAAAGUGGCUGUUUAUGGAGCAUCGCCCAUAUUGGUGGGUGCGGGAACAGCAGUCGCACAUAAUGCUGCAACAAACACACAUGACCUGCGAAACUGGCCCAGGUUCCCCCUCAGGACAUGUCAUGGGCACUACAGCUGUGCUGUAUAUCUUCCUGUGUUGGUUUAUUAAUACUGUACUGUUGCCAAGUACAGGAAAAAGUGCUGUAAGGAAAAUGCUGCUGAUAAUUCUCUCAUUGACUGCCUUUAUGGGGACUGUUGCAUUGGUUGCAGUAUCAAGAAUGUACAUAGCUGCUCAUUUUCCACACCAGUGUAUUCUAGGCUUUAUAUGUGGUGUAGCUGUUAGCUGGCUGGUAAAAAAACUGAAUUGGUGGAGGACAGCAGGCAGGCUUAAAUUAACGAUUGCUGCUGCUUGUCUUACGGCAGUUUCUGUUGUUUCUUAUUGGCUACAGAAAAUUGCAGGUGUGGACCCUCAAUGGUCUGUUUAUCUUGCUCUGAAGUGGUGCUUCCAUGAGGAAAAUGUUAACAUAACAACCACACCUCUAUUUUCUCUUGUCAGAGUGGCUGGCACUACAUUUGGGGUAGCUCUAUCUGCACCAGUUUUUAGAUUAAGAAAGAGCCAAAGACCAGUGAAAGCAUUUCUGGCAUCAUAUGUUGCUGCUCUGUUGAUUGCAGGUGCCUCUGAAACUGUUACAACAUCUAAUGUGUUUAUAUUUUACCCACUACAGUUUCUUCUGUUUACGCUUCAACCAUGGUUGCUGUUUAAAAUAAUACCAGAGGUGAUGUGAAGUUGAAGCUUUGGUUAUUGUUGCUGUUGCUUAUAUGAAGUAACCUAAUGUGUUGAAACAACUGAAAAUCAUUUGGAUUGCUGAGAUGCAGAAAUACCAUGAAGAUUGUUAGAGACUGCUUCCAUAUACAUAUUUGUUUCCAAGACAAAGGCAUAUUAGUUUAUGUCAACAUGUUGUAUAAAUGUGAGCCUCAGAAUUCAUUCAAUUGUUGUAUUUGCUGUUCGUGUAUUUAUAGGGUAUUGCAUCUGUAUAAAUAUAAUAUAGAAUAAUUUCAAGUUACAUAAUAUUGAAAGUUGAAACAUGCACUUAUUGUAUGCACUAAAUCCACAGAGUGCAAUCAUUGCAUAAUUAUGAUCAUUAAUUUGUGAAUGUUUUGCAUUAGUUGUACAUUUUUGAUAAUAUUGUUUCUGUUUGAUUUUGCCAUAAGGUUUGGUUGAUCUGUGUGACUUAAUGUGUGAAAAAUAUGUGCUACUUAUCAGAUGAUAAUGUGACUUUGGGGCAAAACUCGUGUCAAAUUUUUGAGUUGAAAUGUUUUAUUCUGUGAUGUAGUUGUCAGAUCCUAUAGUUGUAAAGUCAAGGUUUAAAACUGUUUAAUGUCUCUCUUGUUUCAUCCUUCAGUGACUAUUCUGCUGAAAUUUUAUCACUCAUGAUAUCUUGGUACUUAACCUCAAAUUUUCUGUGUAGAGUGACUUAAUUGGAGACAUGACAUACAGUUUCAAUAUGAUGAACCAAACAGAUCACUGUUUCAUUUGUCAAUCUGCUUCUCUGUGUGUGUGUGUGUGUGUGUGUGUGUGUGUGUGUGUGUGUGUUUGUUUUUCUUUCCAUUUUUUACCUGAUAUCUCCCCAUGUGAAAUUAUAAACACUACUAAACGUAACCAGUCAUUUAUUAUAACUAAACACAGAACCCUAUAGUAAAUUCAGAAUAAAAAAUACAGUAAUUGGGUUACUUUGUGUGGCUGAUUGUAUCUGUGUAGUGCAUAAAGAGUCAAAUGUAAAUAUGUAGCCUUUAUUGUCAGUAAUUUAUUUAUUUAUUUACUUCUUCCAGCACACAUUGUGGUAUAGACCAGAACCCUUGUCCCAGAUAUCUGUUUUACAGUAAUUUUCCACUUGAACAGCUUUACCUGUGUGCAUGAUCAGUAUUCUUGGGAUAAAAUAUUCAGGGUAUUCAGAAAUUCCCAUUACAGACUUCUAGGACUUAUAGAGAGAAUGAGUAUCUAACAUUUCGAAUAAGAACCCAUGUGUGGACAUGUCAUCCAGCCAUCCUACAGAGCAUCAAAGUUAUAGGCACCAGCACCUGUAAAUGUAUGUAUAUACAGAAUGAUUCUGUGAUGAUGUUACAAACUUUAUAGGAUGACAGAGAAGGCUAAAUGUGUUGAGGUAUUGGUCGCUGUAU